AUGCCGCCGCGCGCGGUGCUCCGCCGCCUUCUCCCCACCCACCUCCACCGCCCCGCCGCUCGCCACGCUCCGCGUCAGGCGCGUCCUCCGCCUUCAGCGACCGACGAGGGACCCCUUCCCGACCCGUAUGCGCUCCUCGUCCACGACCCCAUCGACCUGCUCUCCUCCCUGUGGCGCCGCGCGUUCGCGCACCCGCUCCCCUCCCCGUUCCCCAACCUCUCCGGCUACGCCUCCCGCCUCGACCUUUGGCUCCUCUCCUACCAGCGUGCCUGCGCCCAUGCCACGGGCACCUUCCCGCCACGCCACGCCGUCCCGCUCCCCACUCUUCACUCCCUCCUCCGCCUCCGCGCCGCCGCGCUCCGCCGCCACCCCGCCUUCCCCUGGGGCGCCUCCACGCACCUCCUCCUCCGUUCCCCCGUCGACAAGCCCUCCACCGUCCCGAUCUCCCGCCGCAAGCUCGAGGCCCGGUUCUCGGAUGCGCCGCCGCCGUUCCAGGACCGCGUCGUCCAGGAGCUCCUCCUUCUCCUCCUUGAACCAGUCUUCGAGCCGCGCUUCUCCCCUAAAUCUCAUGCCUUCCGCCCCGGCCGCGGGCCCCACAGCGCCAUCCGCUCUGUUCGGUCUCGCUUUGCCGCCUACCUCUGGUUCGUCUCCGCCGACCUCACGGCGGUGGUCGACGGGCUCUCGCCGGACACCAUCCUGUCAUGCGUCCAGAAGGCCGUCUCCGACCGUAAGGUGCUGUCAUUACUCAAGUCCGCGCUCAGCGCCCCUGUCCGACCUGGGUCUGUGCCGCCAAUGGAGAAGGACCUCGAUGGGCUGACCAAGAAGAGGCUGAAAAGGAAGGUGCUCAGGAAGAGCAGGAAGAAGAAGGUGCUUAACGAGAAUGAGCCGAAGCCUGACCCAUAUUGGUUGAGGAUGUUCUUUGGGUUUGCUCCAGAACAGGCAUGUCAUGUGCCGAAUUAUGGACAUUGUGGGAUAAUCAGUCCUUUGCUUGCCAAUGUGUGCCUUAACGAGUUGGAUUGGUGGAUGGAGGAGAAAAUUAACCAGUACUUUUGCCCAUCCAAGCAUGAUUCAAUUUGGAAGGAGGUGGGUGAUGAUGGGUGCCACAAUCCGGCUUGGCCUGAGUUCGUCCCAUCAGCUGGGAAGGAGAAGACAAGGAAGAUGGAUUUCCUUCGAUUUGGUUCCCAUGUCUUGAUUGGGAUCAGAGGGCCGAGGGAGGAUGCAGUUGAGAUAAGGAGACAACUGAUGGAAUUUUGUGAGAGAACAUUUGGUUUAAGGCCAGAGAAUUCGAUGGUGGAAAUUGAGCAUAUCACAAGAGGGAUUGAAUUCUUGGAUCAUGUGAUCACGCGCAGGGUCAUCUACCCAACCUUGCGAUAUACUGCCAGUGGAGGGAACAUUGUCAGCGAGAAGGGUGUCGGAACAUUGUUGUCUGUAACAGCGAGCCUGCAAAGGUGCAUAAGACAUUUCAGGAAGCUUGAGCUUGUAAAGGGGGACAGGGAUCCUGAGCCAUUGCCAUGCUCACCGAUGCUGUACUCUGGGCAGGCACACACUAAUUCCCAGAUGAACAAGUUUCUUGAGACAAUGGCUGAUUGGUACAGGUAUGCAGAUAACCGGAAGAAGAUUGUAGGGUUCUGUGCUUAUGUCAUAAGGAGCUCACUAGCAAAGCUCUACGCGGCAAGGUAUAGACUGAAGUCUCGAGCUAAGGUCUACAAGAUUGCUUCACGGGAUCUUAGCCGUCCUUUGAGAGAAAACACAAGGAAUGAUGCGCCAGAAUACUCUGAUCUUUUGAGGAUGGGACUAGUUGAUUUUAUUGAAGGUGUACAAUUUGCACGCAUGUCAUCGAUUCCAUCGUGUGACUACACACCUUUCCCUAGGAACUGGGUGCCACACCAUGAACUUAUAUUGCAAGAGUAUAUUAAGCUGCAAGAUCCAAAGUUCUUUCUUGAACUUCACAAGACUAUCAAGCGUCAGGAAAUAAGUUCACCACAGGAUGACAUAUCAAAGAUGGUGUGGUAUUAUAAAGUUCAUGGUGUUUAUGAUGACAAAAGAUCCUUAGUUGGCACCAAGGAAUUGAGAAAUGGUGAAGUUAUCAAUGGGAACAAGCAACUUCUAUUGGAUACAUAG